CAUCUACUCCGUAUUUUUUCCUGAUUCUCGGCCGCCUCCUCACCGUAAACGCUUCUUUUCCUUCGAUUCACUGUCAGCGAUAAUGAUUGGCGACGACGAAUCCAACCGGAGGGCUUGAACUCCGGCGGAGACCCCUUCGGCGACGACGGCGACUCCUCUCGUGAUUUCCGAAUUAAAUCUCAACAUCUGAGGGCCUUAACUCUGGCGGAUUCACUGUUUCUUCUUCUCUCUCGGCGAUGCAGCAGUGUGUAGUGCGUGUAAAUUUGCGUUGAGCUGUGCGUGAACUCUGUUGAUCGAAGGGACCCACUUGCGAUGGAUAAUGAGGGGUGUAAUACCCACUUGCGCUUGGUGUUAGUUGGGAAUCAUGUAGUGACUUUUCAGAAUGAUAUGUUUAGAAGGAAGGAUGUUGGUAGCAAGAUAAUCAUUGAUUGCCUGAACCACCAAAAAGCCAAAAUUACAGUUCAAGUGCAGGGUGAUGAAGAUCAGUCAACUGACACAGAGGUGGCACAUGAGGAGAGUUUUACUAAUGUGAAUGAUUUCAUUUCUCAAGAGCCAGGCAUACCUUUUCGUGAUGUGGAGAGCCCUCCUAGAAUGGAUGUUCCGAAUGAUGAGAUUCCCACCUUCAAUGUAACUACACAUCACGAGGAAACUCAGAACUCUAACCUGAAUGAUCAUUCCGGAGGCCAGCAACAUAACCAGGGCAACAGUGGCGAGCAUCACCGGAACCUACACAAUGAGGAAGGCGACAUGAAUGCGCAUAUGAGGAGGCCACGAGCUCAGCCUGGUAGAAGUGCCAAAGUUAGAGCUCAAGCUUCUUUGAAGGAUUUGGCAAAGAACAGUAAGGGGUCAAAAACAAGCCGUAGAUCAAGAAUAAGGACGACGUUGGUCAGGAAGAAUAACGUAACACCUAGCAGGCAACCAGCCAACGAUGUCGGGCCUUCUGAAUUCACUCCUUUUAGUGGACGGUCGCAUACACAGAGAGACUGCCAAUAGGGAUUCCCAAAACAACGAAGGUUUUGAUAUGCAUUCUGGAAGUCAUAACACGAGAAGCAACCCCAAUAUCGAAAAGUCCACAGGUUCUGAGCCAUCUUCAACCAAUCUUUUGUUAUUAGAGUUUCUAUGUUGUUUAUAUACGGAGGUUAGGACUUCCCGGGCAUGGCGAUGCUAUUUCAAUGGGUGGACUGAUAUCUGCGUUUCGAGAUUUUCUUCAUGAGCAUAUGCCGCAUCUCUCUGGAGUUUUGGAUUUGGUCGGCCCGGAGGCACUUCAGCGUGCGUUGGUGGCAAAUUUGAGAAGCAUUUUGUUGAAUUAUAAGAUGGAUGUUGAUAUAGCUGAGGGUAAUCUGCAUUUCACUGCAGAUAAAUGAGGUACUUUGCUUGUUCCAUAUAUGUUACUGCAUUGGGAAAACUUUCUGCCUUUUGAUCGUAUUUCUAUUUUAAUUUUCUAUGAUUUAGAUUAGGUAUCUUUUCCCUGGCAACUAGCCUUUUCCUCUGUAAUGAAACUUCUCUUACUCUUGCAUCUUACUUAUCUGUAUAAUGGAUAUCCCCUCUUAACUCUAAGAUCUUUUUAAUCGUUUUUUGAGGAAGAUUUGAUUUCAUUUAUUGCUCCGGAAAAACAAUGUUAUUUUUAAAUCCUAUAGAAUAUAAAAAAGUAUUUAGAACUAAAAUAUCCACCCUUAUUUUAUAAGAGCCUAUAAUGUUAAGCUCUGUUAUUUUAGUCAUAUUUUCGUUUUGCUCCGUCUUCUUCCCACCGCCGCCCAAGAUAACCUUAUCUCAUCAUUCUUAUUUCAUUCUCUCGACCAGUUCGCCUCUUCUUUGGCCAGGUAAAAUCGUCCCAAUUUUAUAUCAUGGAUUUGCUCAUUGGAAUUUCUUCUUCAACUUCUUGUUCUUCAAUUUCUGCAAAUUCUGCAGAUUUAGUAAGAACACCAUAUUCAUCUGCAGUUUCUUCUCUGUCAUCUCCUCCGGCUUCUCCUCUGUCAUCUGUGGAAGAAAGAUGAUUUUUCAAUGUAUAAUUCUAAGCUUUUCUCUGUA